ACCAACACAUUACUGAGUGAGUCUCGAAAAAUACGAUAUUUUCAUAGACAUGAUGGAAUUCUGAUCAACCAUCAAUCUUAAUAACAGAAUCAAAUGUAGUAUCAAUUUGCAUCCAGGGGAAUAGUGGUGUAUUUAUAAUGUAUUUUCAUUUCGGAGCAAUCCAGGGAUUCACACACCCCUAUUAUUUUCUGAACAUGGAAAACCUAACUAUGUUAUACUGCACGCAAGAUAAUAGGCAAAAUAUUAGAAUAAAAGGAGCGUUUCUUACCGUUUCCUUAUAUAACAAUGUCGGUGGCAUUUUCUUCGGCGCGCCCAAGGAGCAAAGGGGAGGUGACACAGCAAACGAUACAAAAGAUGCUGGAUGAAAAUCACCAUCUGAUACAAUGCAUAAUGGAUUACCAGAGCAAAGGAAAAACAGCAGAAUGCACACAGUAUCAGCAGAUCCUUCACAGAAACCUAGUCUAUCUGGCCACGAUAGCAGAUUCUAAUCAGAACAUGCAGUCAUUGUUACCUGCACCUCCUACCCCUAACAUGGGGAGUAUAGGUGCUGGAGGAAUGGGACCGAGCGGAGGCAACGGGUCCCUACACUCCCAGAGUAACCUCAACGACACCAUGACCCCUGGCCUGCCCCCGACCUCUAUGUUGCAGAGUCAGAUGAGCAAUGGCCCCAGCCACGCUCCCAUGCAGCAGCAGGCGGGUCAGACACAGUCGGCUGGGCCCUCAUCCACGUCGCUCAGCCUGCCAGCCAGCACCCACGGCUCAGCCUCCGGCUACAGCCACCCCGUGCCCCCCUCCUCCCAGGGCAGCAUGAUCCAGGGCCUUGGCCCAGGCUACGGUUCUUCCUCUUCCUCUUCUACCUCCUCCCGCAGCAACCUCAACAUGCAGUCUAACACAGUCUCCAUGAUGCACCAGCAGUCGGCAACACCUCAUUACCCCUCAACCCAGACUGGUGGCGGACAGCAGCAGUACCAGGGUCAGCAGGCUGCUAUGGGCAUGUUGGGGCAGAGCGGACAAGGCAACAACAUGAUGAGCCAGAGGCCCAUGGGGACCUACCGACCCACACAGCAAGGAUCUGCACCGCAGUACAUGGGACAAGACGAUUUCUACGGAGAGCAGUACGGACACACUCAGAGCUCCAGCGAGCCCAUAAACCAGCAGUAUUACUCUGAUGGUCAUGGGGAGUACUCCUACCAACAAUCAUCCUACGGUGAACAGGGCUAUGAGAGGUCCUUUGAUGAGUCCUCACAGCACUACUACGAAGGAGGCAACUCCCAGUACAGUCAGCAGCAGGCCCAGUACCAGCAGGGGUCAGGCCAGCAGCAGCCCUUCAGCCAACAACAGUACCCCUCACAGCAGGGCUACAGCGGACAGCCACAGGGCUACGGUCCAGGUCAGGGUGCGCAGUCCCAGUACUCCCAGUACCAGCAGGGUCAGGGCCAGCAGUACAGCUCCUACCGCUCCCAGGCUUCCUCUGGGGCACAGACACAGAGGCCCUACGCCUACGAACAGGUACAACUACAGCUACCCCCAACCCCACGUUUUGAGGAGGACCGUGCUGUCCAACAAAACAUUGGGGUCAAUACGGAAACUACCAGCAAUAAGGCACCACCUCCUGGGCAAACUGGUGGACAAGUUAGGCAAGGGAACAGUUCUGUGAAUAACCCCCAACAGUCGUGUGUAAACCAGUCUCUGAGUAAAUGAGUUAGAUUUAUCUCUGAAUCUUUUUAGUUUGCUGAGACACAGAUUAGCAGGCUAGACUAAGUCAGAUUCAUGUUCUGCUGGCUCACUAUUUUCUAACUGAGUACAGGUGAACUGGUUCAGGAGAUCCUGCAUGAAACACCUUUCAUCUCUGCUUUCUCUUCUUUUGCUCACCCUAUAAGAUGAUUUGAAUUAUGGGGGUAUCUGGUAACAAAUCGGGGAACCCUCAAUAGCAUUAUUAUAAGCUAUAUUAUAAGCCUCAUAAGCGUUGAAAAGACUCAUAUGUUUCAUUCGAACCUUGCCUUUAAAUGUCUUCCUUUUUUUGGUCUCUGUCCUCGCUAUCAACCUCUGGUUCUCUCACCCUACUUUUCUGUCUGUCUUUCACAGGGUGCACAAUACAAGUGCUGUCCUCUGUCGAAGAUUGCAAUUUAAAAUGUGCCCAGGUCACAAAAAGAACGUUUGGUCAUACAUUCAGCAUCUUUUAUUCAGUGUAAAGCUUAACUUGAUUAAGGUGAAAAUGGGACUUGUCAGUAGUGUUCAACCUGAAGUGUUCAGGUUGUGUUUGAAACUGUGAAGUUGUGUAGAUCGGCGUGUGGUGUUACCGACUGUUCAGUGUUACCCCUCUGUCUGUGUAUGAAGAACAAAUGUUUGAGUAAGGUUAUAGGCACAAUAGAUGGUAGAUUGACAAGAGAGUGCAACUAUCAACAACCAUCAUAAUAUUACAACUAAUAUGGACAAUUCAUUUCCAUGAUCGAUCCUUUUUGUUAAUUCUUUAAUUUUGUCUGAUUGCAUUUUUUUUUUAACUAAACUUUUUUUUUAUUAAGAAAAAUUAUUUGUAGAUUUUUAUAAGUUGGGACUUUUUCCAUUUACACUGAACAAAAAUAUAAACGCAACAUGCAACAAUUUCAAAGAUUUUCAUGAGUUACAGUUCAUAUAAGGAACAGUCAAUUGAAAUGAAUUCAUUAGGCCCUAGUCUAUGGAUUUCAUAUUACUGGGAAUACAGAUAUGAUUCUGUUGGUCACAGAUAACUUUGAAAAAAAGCGAGGGGCGUGGAUCAAUUAUGUUAAUUGUUUAUAGCGUAUGCCUGCCCAUACCAUAACCCCACCGCCACCAUGGGGCACUCUGUUCACGAUGCUGCCAUCAGCAAACUGCUUGCUUACACGAACCCAUUCACGCUAUCUGUCAUCAGCCCUGUACAGUUGAAACCAGGAUUCAUCCAUCAAGAGCACACUUCUCCAGCGUGCCAGUGGCCAUCAAAAGGUGAGCAUUUGCCUACUGAAGUCGGUUAAGAUGCCGAAAUGUAGUCAGAUCAAGACCCAGGUGAGUACGCUAAUGAGCUUCUCUGAGACCGUUUCUGACAGUUUGUGCAGACAUUCUUUGUGUGUGCAAACCCACAGGAUGUGGAGGUCCUGGGCUGGGGUGGUUACAUGUGGUCUGCGGUUGAGAGGCCAGUUGGACGUACUGCCAAAUUCUCUAAAACGAUGUUGGAGGCGGCUUAUGGUAGAGAAAUUAACUUUCAACUCUGCAAACAGCUCUGGUGGACAUUCCCGUAGUCAGCAUGCCAAUUGCACGCUCUCUCAACUUGAGACAUCUGUGGCAUUGUGUUGUGUGACAACUGCACAUUUUAGUGGCCAUUUAUUGUCCCCACCACAAGGUGCACCUGUGUAAUGAUCAUGCUGUUUAAUCAGCUUCUUAAUAUGCCACACCUGUCAGCUGGAUGGAUUAUCUUGGCAAAUGAGAAAUGCUCACUAACAGGGAUGUAAACACGUGUGCACAAAAUUUGAGCUUUUUGUGUGUAUUGAACAUUUCUGGGAUCUUUUACUUCAGCUCGUGAAACAUGGGACCAACAUUUUACAUUGUUGCGUUUAAAUUUUUGUUCAGUACAUUUAUUUAUAAACGUACAAUUUCUUUUAUCAGAUGUUUUAAUUUGUCUAUGUCUCAUUCUCUGUUAUGCACUUUUACUUAUCGUAGUUGUUUCUAAGAAAUUAUUUCCAAACAGCCAAAGUAAAGUAACACACAGGGAGAGGAUUUUAUCAAUCCGCACAAGACUUUUUCAAUACGUGCAAUACAGUCAGUCACUGGAGCAGAGGACGAGACUAUCAUUAGGCUUGAUAAUGGACUUCAAUGACUUUCUGUGUGCUACCACACACUAUAGCCUAUUAGGGUACAAAAAUGAAAAGUCUUAGCCUUCUAUCUAGUUGAGUACAUAAUCCGAAGUAUUUUUUGUUUGCCAAUUGUGUUUGGGGUUUGCUUCAACUGUCUUAACCCAUAUAGAGGGAUGUUUUGUAAAGUAUUACAUUCUAACCAAUGUGAUGUAGUCUUAGCCUAUGUGUGUGAGUGCAUAUGGCAUACAUGUUUGGUGUAUGUUUUACAGAAACAAAACAAGUUUGCCAUUUGUCUUAUUCAAUUUAUUUUAUUCAAAGUGAUCCUAGAUCAAGUGUUGGUUGGUAAGUCCUUAGGAGUGUUAUAGAAUACAAGUUUGUCCCACAAACACACUUGCCUUGUAAUUUCUAUGACAAUGUACAAUAUGUAAAGAUAUGUUGUGGUUGUCUUUAUUUACCUCAAACGAUUUGAUCAUUUUAUGAAAAUCAUGGUUUGGUUUGUUGUAUAGGUAUAUCCCCUGUAAUAAUCCUAGUAAUGUCAGACUGGAACUUUACUAUAAAAUGCUGAAAAGGGGACAGCACAACUCAUUACACUUGCCAAUAAAGUGGGGUAUGUUUUAUGUUGUCAAUAAAGUGGGAUAUCUGAGGUACCUGGCUGUCAAACAGCUCAAUAACUGUAUGUUAACUCAACUCUACAGUGACAAUCAUAGGCUUCUUUAGACUGCAUAAUAUAUCAUUGUAUUCAUUUCCUGUGAAUUGGAUAUAUACUGUUUUGCUUAUAAUGCAAUACAUUGCUGUGUGUGUGACAGAAUAAAGGGUUUGUUUGUGCAUAACCACAUAUGAAUGUUUAAUCGAUUGUUCAUCUUCGUCUUUUGUUACGGUUUAAUAUGUAAAAUAAAUUUACUUCCACCUUG